UUCGUUCUUCCAAACCGUCACCUUGACGACGCCAUGUUGCCGCCAGAAGUCUUCGAGAGGUUAAUCGAUUUGCGGCAGCAACAAGAAAGGUCGAUCCAGAACAUUGAAAAAUUGCGGGACGAACACAGAGAUUGGCAGAAAUGCUUCGAUGACCUCUUGGCAAACAUCAAACACGAGAAAAAUGAGAACUGGCAGAACUGCAUAGUGCCCGUCGAACAUUCAAAAUUUGAUGAUGCUCGGCGCGCCAAUUUUACUUCAAUCGCACCACCAGCAGGAGACAUGGACACUGCAUUUGUUGAUACCGAUGGCAACGGUGGCAGUGAUGGCGAUGAUGGCAACGUUUGCAAUGAUGGCAAUGGUGACGAAAUCAACACUGAAACGGGAUCGCCAAUCGCUACGAGUGUGGUGACCGAGACUAUAAAACGACAUGCAAGUGGUCCGCUACGCAAAAUGGUGGAGCAAGAACUUUCUCAUCGUCCUUCAGCUACCCUCGUAGACCCUGUCUUCUUUAGCAAAACCCGCUGCCCCGCCCUGCAAACGAGAAUCCAAAGGAUUGUCCAGAGCGGCACCUUCGAGUGUGUCACGGGUUGUGUGAUCUUCGUGAAUCUUAUUACAAUUGGUUUGGAAGCUCAGACGUCUUUGAUGAACGAGGAGGAAUUUCAACCAUGGUCUUGGCCAUGGGUGUCAGAAAGAAUCUUUCUGCUGGUCUAUUGUUUGGAACUGACUCUGAGAUUCAUAGCCGGCUCCAAUAUAUUCAAUGACUUUUGGUUUUUCCUUGAUGCUUGCUUGGUGAUCACUGGCUUUACCGCGCUGGUGAUUCUACCUAUGACAGUCGGUGAAAUUGCUGGCCUUGGGGCUGAGAAGUUUCUGCUGGUUCGCGGGAUUCGCCUCUUGCGGCUGGUGCGAGCCCUUAGGAUGUUCAAGCACUUCAAGGUCAUGUGGCGUUUGGUCAACGGGCUUCUCACGGCUGGCAAAACCCUCUUGUCCACAAGUGUGCUGCUAUUGGUGAGCCUCUUCAUUUUUUCUUGCAUUGCUGUGGAACUCAUUGCCAAGGACGAGUAUCUUGCCAGUGCUCCAGCAACAGCAGCAAUUGUUCGGAAGCACUUUUGGGGUGUGGAUCUCUCCAUGGUGACACUGAUGCAGUUUGUGACAUUGGAUUCUGCCGCAAGCAUCUACUUCCCCCUCAUCAUGGAGCGGCCAGGCCUUUGCUUAUACUUUCUUCUCAUCAUCUUUGUGAUUUCCAUUGGCCUUAUGAACUUAGUCACAGCCGUGGUGCUGGAGAAUGCCAUGGAGUCUGCUGCAGAAGAGGCAGAAGAAGAACGAAGCUCCUUGAAGAGCAAAGUGAAGGAGGCCAUUCCUGAAUUGCUGGAGAUCUUCAAACGUCUUGACAAGGAUAAGAGUGGCAUAUUGACUCGAGACGAGAUGGAGAUUGUGGAUGAUAACCUUUUGCCACGACGCCUGCUGGAUUCGGCCUGCGUUGGCAGCAUUCUCGACUUUUUUGAUUUCUUAGAUGUUGAAGAGAAAGGAGAGUUGUCCCAGCAGGAUUUUGUGGAAGGUUUGCUCAACUUAUGCCUUCUGGACAUGCCCAUUUCUGCGAUUCAAACAUUGAAGCUUCUACAAAUGGUUCUCAGACUCAGCAAGAAGAUCGAUCAGAAUGUGGAGGUACUGCGUGCGAGAACUUAGCCGUUGUCGCCGUUGUCCGAUCUGUGAAAUCUGUGGGUCAAGUCGUGAGCCAUCUGGCCAUUCCAUUGAAGGUUUCAACCGGUGCUAGAACACUUGUAGAAUAUUUGAACUCCACGGCAGGUCACUUGAGCUGUGCUUUUGGCAAACUUCUCUCAACCAAUUUGCUUCACGAGCGCAUAUGCUAUGGCA